AAUUACACUUUAUUGUAUAUUCACAUAGAAAACAGAUUAUUAUCAGUGUUGAAAACAGUUGUGCUGCUUCAUGUUUUUAUGGAAACUGAAGUGUUUUCUGCAGAUAAACGAAGGCUGAAUGUUCACUCCAGACUGAAGUCAUUGCCGUCCCUUAUAAAUCAUCUCUCUUGUUUACUUUCUCCUUUGAAUAAACAGUAUGUAUAUAUUUUUUUGAAUAUAGAGUUCUAGUUCUUGUGUCUUUAAUGCAUUUGUCGCCCUGAGCUGAAGCUGCUUUUACGCUUGUUGAUAAAACUACAAAAGCUUUUCCCAGGAGGACCUGAUUUAUUCUCUCUAUCUCUCUCUCUCUCUCUCUCUCUCUCCCUCUCUCUCUCUCUCUCUCCACACAAAAACCUGAAUCUUCUCUUCUUGACAAAUGUGCCAUAAUGGAGGCCUUGCUGUGAGUGCGCAGGUUUUGGCCGUCGGGUCACUGGUUUUGAAGAAGGGAUUCCUGUGAGGCGAAGAUGAGGGUCUGCUAAUGUUUCUCCAGGCGGUUUCCUUCAUCUCUGCUGUUGUAGAUAUUUGACCUGUAGAGCUGAAACGGCACCAUGCUGGCGUGUCUUCAGAGACCGAACCAGCCGACUCGACACCAACACCAGCACCAGCCGGCCCGGCAGCAACCGCUGACGUGUGCAACACAGAUUCUGGACACGCUCAGUCACAAGAGCGAGCCGAACCCCACACACUCCCUUCGCCAGCCGUCCGUGGCCGAGCUGAACGCCUACGCACAGAAGACGCUCGACGCCCCGCUGUCAAUCAAGAUCUUCCCCUCCAACAUCCGGGUCCCGACGCACAAGCACGUCAGCAGAACCGUCAACGGCCUGGACACGCGGCUCGGCUCCGGCCCGCAUCCGUACGCCCGCGGCUACCAGGGCCUGUUAGCGAUCGUCAACACCAAAGGCGUGCUCGAUGUCAAACGAGCCAAAAUGGCGGUGGCUCCGCGUAACAGACACCGACAGAAUCCGUACGUUCAUCCGAGCCCGUCCUUCGCCGAAUCCAGUUUCGCUUAUUCCGGAGCCGUGUUGCCAACUCAAAGCGCAGGCGUUAGCGGAUUGGGAUCGGAUAAUUGGGAGAACCGACGAACUCUACACGGGAGUCGCUCUUCCGAUCUCUGCUAUCGAUCUCAGCUAGCGUCUCCGUCGUUCGGACAGUUCUUCGCGACUGCUUGGAACGGCGGCGACAUCUCAACCGGACCGUCGCUCAUCGAUCCCGGACUCGCGCCGUAUCCCGCGGAUCCGAGCCGGAGCCGGGCCUCGCUCCUCAGCACUAGCACUAGCCUUCGGUCUCUGGAGAGCCUGAUUAGCGAGAUCCAUCCGCCCUGCAUCAAGGAGAGCAUGCUGGGACACGGAUACGGCGGCGACCAUCAGCCUGUGUUCAGAUAGAACCGGCUCAGACUGGAGAUCAGCGGUUUAAAGGAGUCGUCAAUCGGGAUCCCUCUCAGCGCUGAGUGAGUUAGCCUGCAGUUCCUCCACUGGCCACUAGAGGCGCUGCAGAAGAGACUCACUCCCAUAGACACGCAUGUUAAAACGCCCAACUUUACAGCAGAA